AUGCUGCCGGCCAUGGGCGUGUCGUGGACAGGGGCGACGCCCGUGCUGGAGCUGCGUGACGCCAGCAGUCCCUACGUGAGCAUCGCGACCACGACCGCGACCGCGACCGCAACGCCUGCCGCCACGCCCACGCCCGCGCCCUCGACUGCCGCCCGCGACACGACCGACGCCCGCUCGCAGCACUGUCCGUCCUACAAGCUGCCCGAGUUCGGCGUCAUCGAGCUCGGCCCCGGCAACACCAUCACCCUCACCACCAACGCCGUCUUCCGCCCCCAGUGCACCUCGGCCUCGCAGGGCGCCGACAGCGAUGGCACCGGCCAGGUCCUCAGCGUCGCCGACAUCAGAGACCCCUUCCACGCCUCCAUCACCCCGCAGGCCUACGCGACCGGCGCCGCCACCGUCAUCUCCUGGAUGCUCGUCAUCAUGCUCAUCAUCACCCCGCGCACCUUCUUCGUUGGCAACGCCUCGGGCCGCUCAGGCCUCAUGGGCAGGCGUGGCAUGAUCAGCGGCGCCUCGGGCAGCGGCUCCAUCAUCGGCGUGGGCAGCCGUCCGUGGCUGCAAAAGGUCGCCGCCCUGACCGUGGCCGUGUCGCUGACCCUGGCCACCGCCGACACCUUCAAGAUCGCCGGCCGCCAGUACGCCGAGGGCUUCAUCGACGCCAUGGAGCUGCGUGACCAGGUCGUCUCCGGCAUGGAGAUCAAGGCCUCGCGCAUCAUCUCCGACAUCUUCCUCUGGCUGGCACAGGUCCAGACCCUGAUCCGCCUGUUCCCCCGCCACAAGGAAAAGGUCAUCAUCAAGUGGGUCGGCUUCGCCCUGAUCCUGCUCGACAUCACCUUCAGCUCCCUCAACAGCUUCGGCCCCUACGAGAACAGCGCCCGCCCGGCACACUUCGACACCGCCAUCCCCGCCCUGAGCUACCUCUUCCAGCUGUCGCUCAGCAUGCUGUACGCCGCCUGGGUCCUCUACUACACCAUCACAAAGCGCCGGUACGCCUUCUACCACUCCAUGAUGUGGAACAUGACCGUCGUCGCCCUGCUCUCCAUCAUCGCCAUACUCACCCCCGUCGUCUUCUUCAUCACCGACAUUGCCAACUACACCAUCGCGGGCUGGGGCGACUACUUCCGUUGGGUCGGAGCAGCAGCCGCCAGUGUCAUUGUUUGGGAGUGGGUCGAGCGCAUUGAAGCACUAGAAAGAGAAGAAAGGAAGGACGGAAUCCUAGGAAGGGAGAUCUACGAUGGAGACGACAUGCUCGACAACACCACAUCUUCCAAAUCCGCAAACUGGCCCUAUUCGAAGCGCAAUCCGUCUGAGAACGAAAAGAAGGGCGGCGGCGGCGGUGGCGGCGGUUUCAGUCUUAGUGCAUUUGCUUCAGGUCAAACGGGCCGCGUCGGUGAGCUUGCUCAGAGGCUGGGACGAAAGAUGACCGAGUCGCCACGUGCAGAAGCUCGCAAGAAGCGAAGCAUCCAUAUUCCCGCUCCACCACCAGUGCACAGACGGUCUGAAUCUACCCGUCGUGGGGACCGUAGUUCCAGCGCCUAUGUGCGCGUCCAGAGCCCACCUCUGGUCCCAGCUGUUCCCGUUAUUGCCUCGCCAGUCAGCCGGACGGACACGACAAGUGCAGACUCCACUGUCUACACAGUACGAUACCAUCCCAUCAACGAAACACCACCUAUUCGCCAACCAACAUCGGUUGAAGUCCGACUCACGCCGGAAGGAGCGCAAGCGCAGAGACCGUCUGAGCCGCAAGAGAGCACUGGCCAGCCGGCCAAUGCCGACGACCCUGAAAAGGGUGCCACAGACCCAGAGGCACCCGCCAGUAGCAGCAGAUGGAAGUGGCAGGCCAUGGCCAGCCCAUUUGCAAGGAAGGGACGCGCACCACCACAGGAGCUGCAGAGAGGCCAGAUCAUCGAACCUCUUGCUGUCGAUGAAGUGCACGCCAACAUUCCACCGCGCCAUUACAACGGACUGGCAUUGUCAGACCGGCUUGGCACGUUUGCUGCACAACAGGGCGAAAGGUUCAGGUCGAAGAAGAAGUGUGCUAAAAACUCGGAGAUGAACCUGCCUGUCACGAUCAUCCCAGCCCAGCCACGUGGGCAGACGUGGUCUCCAGACUUGCUUCAACAGCAACAGCAGCAACAGCAGCAACAGCAGCAGCAGCAGCAGCAGUUUCAUCCCAGCGAGGUGUCUACGACUGCUGGUAUUCAAAUUGCGAGGAUACCAACGACCAUCGAAGAGCAGCCAGACCUGCCUUCGCCCGCACACUCUGACCAGACGAUGCAGUCGAGUGAAGUGGUCCAGCCGGCUGCUUCUGCAAACUCGAAUCGCAACGCGGGCAGACGGUACACGCCGCGAGCUGGGGGACUCACGGCCCACCCACCCGUCUCUCCGACCAGUCUGGCGGAAGAGAUACAGAGUCCUACACCGCUGCUGGACCCUGCCUCACCACAGGGAUCGUCGAACCAGCAGCACACAUCCACCAACCACGACAGGUAG